CCCAUCCCUAUAUUUCAUACUUCCGGUUGGAGGUGAAGGUUAUAGCAUUCUCUAAAAUUAGCAGUCUAACACGUCAGAAUCAAUGAACAAACUGCGCGUAUAAAUACGCACAUCAACUCCUCCAAAACCAAGUCCAGAAAGCUGUAAUUCUGUUAUUCUUCUAUCAGAAAAAAGAAGGAAAAUAUGGCCCUAAAUCCUCAGCUAUUCCCAAAUGGUAUGCCAGUUCCUUUCACCAACGAGAUGUUCAUUCUCGUCAGAGAUGGUGUUGAAUUCGAAGUGGACAAGAUCCCCGGAUCUCAGGGAGGUUGUGUAAAGGCAAGGGGCACAAUUUACUUGUCCAAUAUAAGGAUGAUUUUUGUUGCAAGUCACCCUGUUGGGAAUUUCUUUGCUUUUGAUAUGCCAUUGCUUUAUGUGCAUGAUGAAAAGUUUAACCAACCAAUAUUUCACUGCAACAACAUUUCUGGUCAUGUGGAACCUGUAGUUCCUGAAAAUGGGCAUAGGGCUCUCUACUCAACUCAUUCAUUCAAGAUUUUGUUCAAGGAAGGUGGCUGUGGAACCUUUGUUCCACUUUUCUUAAACUUGAUUUCCUCAGUUAGACAAUAUAAUCAACAAGUAAAUCCCGGACCCCAACCUCUUGUGGAUCCUUUACAAGCAGCACAAACUCCUGUUGAUGAAGUGAUGAGACAUGCAUAUGUUGACCCUAACGAUCCAACUAGAAUCUUUUUACAACAGCCAACUGCACAGUCUCAGUUAAGGCGGCGAACUUACCAAUCCCAACCAGUUGAAGGCUCGACGUAAAUUCGAUCUUACUCUUACCAGAUCAUAUUGUUAAGAAACUAAGUGAUAUUUAUAGUGUUGUGUAAUUAAGUGCUGCAUAAUGGCAUGGCAUUAUGCUACCAUUGUCCCUUACCAAAAUGAGUGAAUAGUGGUUGCUUGUUUAUACACGUUUUGUGUUAAUUUGUUGGUGCAAUGGCACAUACAUUAUUGCAUUGAUUUGUUUGUUAUUGAAAUGAAAAGGAGGAAGAAAAAUAGUAGAGACUACAGUGUUAGCUGUGAGGCAGUGGAUGGAGGCUGAAGUGGUGAUGUCACGUCUUGAGAUCAAAACAUAAUAUGAUCAUAUUAUUACUUCAAAGUAAAAUUUUAAAAUAAUACAAAGUUUUUUUUUUUAAUCAUUGAACAAUUCUUAAAUAAAAUAAGGUUUUCAAUAAGUAAAAUAUCUAGAUAAUAAGUCUCCAAAGGAUUAAUGUCAAGUAUUACAAUUAAAAGAAAUAAUACUUCAUAAA